AGCAGCUGCAGUGAAAACAUGGCGGUCUCUCUCAGUGCAGCUCGUCUUUGUCACCUGGCAGGACGGACUGUCACCUCCCUGUCAGGCAGACACAGGCGGGCUGUCAGCCUGCCAGCGAGGAGAUGCAACAUAUCCACUUCAGCGGGGAGCAAUCUGCAGUUCAAGCUUGAUGAGAGAACAGCCCACAGCAGCCUGGACCUCUUCAAGAAAGAUACUGGCAUUAUCUACCGCAUGCUAGGAGUGGACCCCAGCCAGGUGCAAGACAACCCCGAGCGUUUCCGAGACUGGGCCGUCGUGUUUGGAGAUGAGAAAAUCAGUGGCGGACGACACUACUGGGAGGUGACAGUCAAAAAGUCUCAAGAGUUUCGUCUGGGUGUGGCUGAGGCGUUGAUGCCAAGAGAUGACUGCGUGGGCACCAACAGCUCCUCCUGGGUGUUUGGCUACGCUCAGCGCAAGUGGUUCGCCAUGACCAACAAUAAGAUAGUUCCCGUCACGCUGGUAGGAAAGCCAGACCGUGUAGGCAUCUUGCUUGACUACGAAGCGGGGCUCCUGGAGCUGGUGGACAUUGAGAAGCCCAAGAUCAUUCACAGCAUUAGGGCUCAGUUCAAGGCUCCUCUCUGCCCUGCGUUUGGACUCUGGGACGGGGAGCUGCUCACACACUCUGGUCUGGAGGAGCCUGAAGGCCUGAAGUAAAGCAGGCUGUACUGUGAUAGCUGUGAUUGAGAUGGUCAUGACAGGCUGUGGGCUGGGCUGGCAACAGUUAUCACAAUGUUGUCUUUAAUGCAGGAAAGAAAGCAAUAUUGUCUUUGGGAAUCAUUUACAACUUAACUACAGGUGAUGGGUAAUUUUCUGUGGGUCAGCAGUUCCAUAAUCCUGACUCUUAACAAUGCAAGUUCAUACUUCAUGUAUGUCGUCCAUCGAGCCUCAGGCAAUGAUCACAGUAGCUAUUUUUGUAUGUACCUCAUGUAUUACCUCUCAGACUAAGUGAUGUGAAAAGGAUGUGUGGUUGUUUUUGAGAGGAACAUUAACUGCCAAGUUGUGCUUUUACGCUUUGUGUUCUGGCAUUACCCACAGUUACAAAGCUUUGAUCUGCACAAAACCUUUUUCACUCUCAUGUUCAUACUGUAUAUUGUUUAAUAAAAUAACAUUACUGAACCUGCUUUCACAUUCCUCUUUUAUUUACAGCUGGACCAUGGCUAUGUACAGUGACAGACUAAAGCUAAAGUCAUGCUGAGGAAUAAUUUCUUUGUCAG